CCGGGCGGCGGUGACGUUGAAGGAUCGAGCAUAAAAUCGAUGGCAUGGUCGACUCUGCAAUGGGAAGGCAUAUCAGCCAUCAGAUACGCUUCCUCGCCGACGUCGCCGUUGCUUUGAAGUGAGAGCCUCAACUCUGACGCUGGCUGGACGGCGGAAAUUCCUGCCGCAAUGAUUGCUGUACCCGAUCCCGAGAAAGGCUGCUCGAACAGCGGAAGGCCACCGCAGACUGAAGACGUUUCGACUUCAGGUGGUGAAGAUUCAGCUCCUCAAGGGCACCUGGAGUUCCAACCACCCGAUGGAGGACUUCUUGCUUGGUCCCAGGUCUUGGCUGGGUUUCUCAUCAACAUGAUGGCUUGGGGCUACCCGUCCACGUUUGGUGUAUAUCAGCUAUACUACCGAGACACGCUCAAGCUACCCGAAGCCCAAAUAUCAUGGAUUGGUUCGCUGCAAGUCUUCCUCGCCUUUGCCAUGUGCACUCUCUCCGGGCGACUGGCGGAUGCGGGUUAUGUCAAGUCCACCAUCAUGGCGGGCUGUUUCUUAGUCGUCUUUGGGACUUUCAUGACGAGUCUCUGCAAGGAGUACUGGCAAAUCUUCCUCGCUCAGGGUUUGUGCACGGGGCUGGGGCUGGGCAUCAUAUUCAUGCCGCCCUUGUCGGUCAUCAACUCCUACUUUGUGACUCUGCGGUCUUCGGCGAUUGCGAUCUCGGCGUGUGGGACUGGUCUGGGGAGUGUCAUCUUCCCGGCCACGAUUCAGUACCUGAUCCCCCAGAUCGGCUUUCCAUGGGCGGUCCGAUGCGUUGGCUUCAUUACGCUGUUCAUAUCGGUACUCGCCGUCCUGAUAUUGAGACCCCAGUUGAGGCCGCGGAGGUCAGGACCUCUGAUCGAGUGGGAUGCUUUCAAGGAGGGUCCGUACUUUUUGUACAAUCUCGGGGCCUUCCUUUUCUUUUGGGCUCUCUACUUCGGAUUCUUCUAUAUCAAUGCCUACGCCCGCAAUGUCAUCCACUUCUCCACCACGGACUCGGUUCAGCUGCUCCUCAUCACAAACGGCAUGAGCGUCCCGAGCAGACCCGUGGCAGGUUACCUGGCCGACCGAUAUUUCGGGCCCAUCAACGUGUACACAUUCCAGACACUCGUACUGGGAUGCCUCAUCUUUGCAUGGACCGGCGUGAAGACACGGACGGGCAUGUAUGUGUUCUCAGUCUUCUACGGCCUGGCAGUCGGCGCCGCGCAGGGCUUGUUCGCCGGCUCGUUGGCCAGCCUGACGAAGGACCCGAGAAAGAUGGGCACGCGGUUCGGCAUGGUCUGCACCAUUGUGGCGUUUGCCUCGCUUGCGGGACCGCCGACCGCCGGUGCCAUCAUCGACAAAUCCGGAGGGCGCUAUCUGUAUGCCCAGGUGUGGGGAGGACUAGUCAUCGUCCUAGCCUCCCUGAUUCUGGCGGGGGCAAGAUGUGCCGUGUCGGGGUUUAGGCUGUGGGUGAAGAUAUAAGGUUGCCGUCUGGAGCGUUUCACCAUCAUCUGAGACAUUUGAUUGCGGCUCUGGAAGCGGUUUGGAGAACGAGAGCGGGCUGAGGUGAGACAAACUGACCUGAGCCGAUUGGUUUAUGCGGUCGGUAUUUGGC